CUCAUUUUUUUAAUUUGAAAAAAAUAAAAAACCGAAAACACCGCCGUUCUUGGCCACCCGCCACCUGCCGCCUCCUCCUGCCGCCCCGUCCCCAUCAGCUCCACCUCCUUCCUCGCCUUGAAAACCCAGAUCACACACAUUCUUCAUUCCUCCCAAUCAAUUCGUCGCAUUUUUUUAUUAUAUAAUUUUAUAUAAUAGAAAAAUGAGCACGUAAAGUCUCUAUUUUCACAAUGAGAAUCCGUUUGGGACCGGGGCAUGAUUCAGUAGGUGAGAGGGACUUGGAGAAGGGGCUGGUGCAGCCCUCAACCCCAGGAGCUCUGUCGGAGCCGCCGUCGUCACCGCACCCGUCGAGGCCCGCCCUGGUGUUCUCGAAUUCCAGCAAGGCCCUGCUGGUUUCAAAUUCUGGCAAGGCAUUGCUGGUUUCGAAUUCCAGCAAGUCUCUGGUUGCGUCUAAUUCCGGGAAGCGCAUUGAUCAGUUGGGGAGGAAGAAGUAUGUGAAGCAGGUGACUGGCCGCCACAAUGACACAGAGCUCCACCUGGCUGCGCGCCGCGGGGACUUGGCAGCGGUGCAUCAGUUUCUGGGGGAGAUUGAUGCCCAGAUGGUGGGAUCCGAGUUUGAUGAAGAGGUGGAGGAGAUGAGGUCUGCUAUUGUGAAUGAGGUGAAUGAGUUGGGAGAGACGGCACUUUUCAUAGCAGCGGAGCAGGGCCAUCUUGCUAUAGUGGAGGAGCUUCUGCCUUACAUGACGGAGAAGGGUAUUUUGUUGAAGAAUCAAAUUGGGUUUGAUGCAUUGCAUAUUGCUGCAAAUAAAGGGCACCAAGCCGUUGUCCAGGUGCUCUUAGACCAUGACCCGGGGCUUAGCAAAACAGUGGGCCAGGCAAAUGCUACCCCUCUUGUGUCUGCUGCUACAAGAGGGCAUACAGCCGUCGUUAAAGAAUUACUAUCCAAAGAUUCUACUUUGCUGGAAGUAGCGAAAUCCAAUGGGAAGAAUGCGUUGCAUCUUGCUGCGCGACAGGGGCAUGUGGAAAUUGUGAAAACUUUGCUUGGCAGGGAUCCACAACUAGCAAGAAGAAUUGAUAAGAAAGGACAAACUGCUCUGCAUAUGGCCGUAAAAGGUCAUAGCAGUGAAGUUGUGAGGUUGAUUGUCAAUGCGGAUCCAGCUAUUGUCAUGCUUCCAGACAAGUUCGGCAAUUCAGCAUUGCAUGUGGCCACCAGGAAAAAGCGAGUAGAUAUAGUCAAUGUGCUGUUGCUCGUUCGUGAUACAAAUGUGAAUGCUCUAACAAGAGACCAGAAAACACCCCUUGAUAUAGCCGAAGGACUUCCAUACUCUGAAGAAAUCACAACAAUUAAGGAAACCUUGACUCAAUAUGGUGCUUUCCGAGCAAAUGAACUUAACCAGCCACGGGAUGAGCUUAGAAACACCGUGACAGAGAUACAAAAAAAUGUCCAUAAUCAGCUUGAACAAGCCCGCAAAACCAACCAGAGUGUUACUGGAAUUGCCAAGGAGCUCCGCAAGCUACAGAGGGAAGGAAUCAAUAAUGCCACUAACUCAGUCACAGUGGUUGCUUCACUCUUUGCAACAGUAGCUUUUGCAGCUCUAUUUACACUUCCUGGCGGUGAUUUUGACACCGGGGCAGCUGUUGUGUCAAUCCGAGUAUCAUUUAAAAUUUUCAUCCUUUCCAAUGCCGUUUCACUCUUCUCAUCAUUGGCUGUUGUUUUGGUACAAAUCACCCUCGUCAGGGGGGAGACAAAGACGGAGAGGAGGGUUGUGGAAGUGAUCAAUAAGUUGAUGUGGCUAGCCUCUGUCUGCACUACAGUAGCAUUUAUAUCUUCAUCGUAUAUAGUGGUUGGGCGGCAUAAUUUGUGGGCUGCAAUCCUUGUCACAGUUAUAGGGGGACUUACAAUUGGGGGAGUUAUUGGUACCAUGACAUAUUACGUGGUGAAGACCAAAAGGCUUCGCAGACUGAGGAAGAGAGAGAAGAUGUUGAGGAGGAAUGGAACUAACCAUUCCAUGCGUCACUCAGAGUCUGAUUCAGAAGUGAACCGUAUUUAUGCCCUGUGAUCAUACUGUGGUUUGGAACUAGCCUCUGGUUCUAUGUCUGCCUCUAACACGGGGAGGAGAAAAUCAUACAGGAUACUUGGUUCGCAAGAGGUUCUCCGCUAUAGAUACAAAAUUCAGGGACCUUGUAACAGCAUCAGUGUGUGGAGUGUGGACUCGUUUGAAAAUGAUUUUCCAGGCGUCUCAAGGAUUGCAAAAUUUUUCAGCAAAACCGUUGACGCCCUUAAAUCGUCAAAGGCAGCGAGGGAUUAAAAUGAUAUGGCGUAUACGUGGUACUGGUCUGAUUUGUAACUUGUAUAGUUGGAUUAGUCACAAAUAAUCAAUUUUCCACAGUUGGAAACCUGUGAGUUGUUUGGUUGAACACGCGAAAGCGCGAAUGGCCUUGAGACAUGUUCUUUGCAUAGCCUUGUUCACUUUGUAUUUUUACUUUCUCCAGGAGCUUGACCCUAUUGAAAAGCUUGUACAUUUUCGAAAA